UCUCCUGCACAUCUCCCACUCCGCGAAGAACUCCAGGCCACUCUCUCCACCUCGUACUAGGGGACUGCUGAGAGUCUUUGCCAUUGCUGCCCUUCUCUUUAAUGUGAUCUGCCAGGAGAAAGAGGGCAAGGGUCAACUGGGUCCUAGGAAACUGACCUCUGGCCCUGGGGGCCGAGAGAGGAGAGAGAGAGAGAGAGAGAGAGAGAGAGAGAGAGAGAGAGAGAGACAGACAGACAGACAGACAGACAGACAGACAGAAGUGGCUGGGCCUGGGGGACUCCAUGCGUGGGCCAUGGACAGAGCUGCGCUCCUGGCACUGCCUCGCUUGUGCGCGCUGUGGGCUGCGGUGCUCGCGCUGUUCCCUUGCGGAGCCCAGGGCAACUGGAUGUGGUUGGGCAUCGCCUCCUUCGGGGUUCCUGAGAAGCUGGGCUGCGCCAGCUUGCCACUAAACAGCCGCCAGAAGGAGCUGUGCAAGAGGAAACCUUACCUGCUGCCCAGCAUCCGCGAGGGCGCCAGGCUGGGCAUUCAGGAGUGCAGGAGCCAGUUCCGACACGAGAGAUGGAACUGCAAGGUCGCCACACCCGCCGCAGCCCCGCCGGACACCGGUCCCCUCUUUGGCUAUGAGUUGAGCAGUGGCACCAAGGAGACAGCAUUCAUUUAUGCUGUGAUGGCUGCAGGCCUGGUGCACUCUGUGACUAGGUCGUGCAGUGCAGGAAACAUGACAGAAUGCUCCUGCGAUACCACCUUACAGAAUGGUGGCUCAGCAAGUGAAGGCUGGCAUUGGGGGGGAUGCUCUGAUGAUGUCCAGUACGGCAUGUGGUUCAGCAGAAAGUUCCUAGAUUUCCCCAUCAGAAAUACCACAGAAAAAGAAAGCAAAGUAUUGCUGGCCAUGAACCUACACAACAAUGAAGCUGGACGGCAGGCUGUAGCCAAGUUGAUGUCGGUGGACUGCCGCUGCCAUGGGGUUUCGGGCUCUUGUGCCGUGAAAACCUGCUGGAAAACCAUGUCUUCUUUUGAAAAGAUUGGCCAUUUUUUAAAAGAUAAAUAUGAAAACAGCAUCCAGAUAUCGGACAAAACCAAGAGGAAAGUGCGCAGGAGAGAAAAAGAUCAGAGGAAGACACCCAUCCGCAAGGAUGACCUACUGUAUGUUCAUAAGUCUCCCAACUACUGUAUGGAGGACAAAAAACUGGGUAUCCCAGGGACACAAGGCAGAGAGUGCAACCGCACAUCAGGAGGCGCAGACGGGUGCAACCUCCUCUGCUGUGGCCGUGGCUACAACACCCAUGUGGUCAGACACGUGGAGAGGUGUGAGUGUAAGUUUAUCUGGUGCUGCUACGUUCGCUGCAGGAGCUGUGAAAGCAUGACCGAUGUCCAUACUUGUAAGUAACCCCAUCUAGCCUCACACGAGAUUCCGCAGCAGCACCCAGCCCUAUUACAAUCUGGAAGGUGCCCCUCACUGUGCAAGGCUGGAGAAGUUGCUGCUGGCAAUGGAAUUCCCGGAUCCUUGAGUCUCUGAGGUUUCUUUUUCCUGACUGAUAUCCCAUCACACGUCGAUUAUGCAGAUUGCUUGGGAUUUUAAAGUUGAAAAGUCACCUUUGGGUGGUUUGGGAAAUAUAUAUUGGUAUACAAGAAAAAUAAGUCUUGCUUCCUAAGCUAGAAAGAGCUCUUAUCCUGGAGACUUCGUCCUCACUCAGGAUAAGAUCCUCGACUAAAGAAGAGUUAUAAAAAUCGAUCUUGGUGGGUGAACAUUGGUCAUUUUUUUAAAGACACCUUAUGGGAGCAAGGAGCUGUAACAUGAAUUGCAUUUGUUCUUGGUAUUUAAUUGUACUGUUUGUGCAUAGACAGAUGAUGCUGAAAAUUAACCAAGUGGUGGAUGCUUACUCUUUCAAAUGCACUUCAAAAGAAGAGCCAUUGAAGAGAAUCGUUAUAAGAGACGAAUAUCCCAAAGUAGAUGCUAAGCAAUAGACAAAAAAAAAUCAAUGUAGAAUGUGAAACAAUUUGUAUCAGAU